CUGUGAAACUUGCCUGGUGCUUGGUGGCGUUUCACAAUAGUAUCAGGAUUUAUCGGUCUGUAGCCAUCGUGCAGCAGGCAGCGCGGGGUUGCCAACGGCACGCAGAGAGGAGGCGGAGGAGAGUCCGUCAGCACAGCCUGGCUCGAGCCCAGCGAACGGGAGGCAAGGCAGUCCAGUGCAUACACAACUUGCGUGGUGAGAGGACGUGGGACAGCUCAGUGCAAUCCCUCGAGUGCAAUUGAAACCUAUUGAAGCAUUUAAACGCGAGUGUUUGGAAAAGUGUCUGUGGAUUAUCUAGUCAAGCAGGAGUACCCACACUACACCCAGGAACUGACCAUGUGCCCUAGGUGGUGAGUAGCCAGGAUGCUGAGUGAAGGCCGUCGGGAGGGGCUUCGUCUGGCCCUGAACCGGUCGUUGAGCGAGCCAGGGGAGGCGAGUGGAGAAGCCGCCGUCCGCUGUCCAGUGUCGCUGCCGCAGCUGAUGGCGCCGCAAGUCGUAAGCAUGCCAGCGUCGCCGUGCGGAGAGAGCGCAACCAUCCAGCGGUCGCUGCUGCUGCGGCGCGCUCGAGCCCUCCAGCCCGCUGAGGUGGCGCGCAAGCUCACCAAGACCAAGCCCAGGAACUUCCUGCUGGUGGAUCUCCGACCAUUCAUCAGCUACAACCUCAGGCACGUCCGCAGUGCCAUAAACCUCAACUGCUCCGACCGAUUCAACCGCAAGCGGCUGCAACUCAGACGCGCCUCCGUGGUGGACCUGGCGGUGUCCCCCUCGGGCCGCGACCUGCUGAAGAAGCGGUGCUACAAGGAGAUCAUCGUGUACGACGACUCCACCUCCGACCUGGAGGCGCUGCCGCCGACACACCCCGUCUACCUCGUUCUUACUGCCCUCCUGGAGGACAACAGGGAGCCGCUGCUGCUCAAGGGCGGCUUUCAGGCCUUCGAGCGCGCCUACCCCGAGCUGUGCGAGGAUGCUCUCAUGCGCACCAAGGACGAGGUGGUGGACACGCACCUCGUGCCCUCUUACGACCCUUACAACAGCUGCAUGGGCGUCGGCAUAGGCAUGGGCGGCAUUCCUCCCUCCCCGGGCAACGAAGCCGCCAUAGAGCAGGCCCAGGCGUCCGAGGUCCUUCCCUUCCUGUACAUCGGCAACGCCCGGGACGCCCAGGACCUGAGGGUGCUGCAGGCGCUGGGCAUCACGCGGGUAUUGAACGUGACCUCACACGUGCCCGGCUACCACCAAGACUCCGGCAUCUGCUACAAGACGCUGCCCGCCAUGGACUCCGGGCACCAGAACCUCAGGCAAUACUUCGACGAGGCCAUCCACUUCAUCGACGAGGCGAGGCAGUCCGGGGCCCGCGUGUUGGUGCACUGUCAGGCGGGCGUGUCUCGUUCCCCCACCAUCGUCAUCGCCUACCUAAUGAAGCACACGCGCAUGACCAUGGUGGACUCCUACAAGUACGUGAAGGCUCGCCGCAUCAUCAUUUCCCCGAACCUCAACUUCAUGGGCCAGCUGGUGGAGUGGGAGACCGCCCUCCAGGCCAACAAGACCGAGGCCGACUGCAAGCCUUGCCACCAGUGUCAGUGGCAGCGGCAGGAGGUCAAGAAAGUCCCCAACGCGUGCCAAGUAUGACAGUCGCCCUCUGAAAACAGAGCGGAGGAGCCGAGCACGGGCAGCUUGAGUCACAGGAACACGGAAGCGGACACGGCGUCCGGCAGUAGGCUGGGGGAGUGCGGCUGCUGGAUCAGGCCGGAUGAAGGUGCUCUGCUCACCGCUCCCCAAGUGCCUGCCGCCGCCUCCCAGCACCUCACCUCGCUCGCCCAGCAGCUGCACUCCAGCCUGCACGCGCACCCGCUCACCAGGCUGCUUCUGGAUGAUUUGGAGGUGGACCUGGAAGCCGAGCAGAGACUUCAGGCAAGCGAGACAGGCCUCUCUGCCCCCCGAGACCUGACUGGCAAAGGCGUGAGGCGUGACACGGGUGAAGUCAGACUCCAGGCCGCCAAGAGGUGCGACUUCGGAGACACUCAGUACGAGGACGCCAAGGAGGAGGGCGAGGGUGCCAGCGUCGCCAAGAGGCUGCGCACCGAGCAAGUGUUCUGAGUCAGGAAAUCCUGCGUGGUGAUCAAAUCAAAGCCUCAGUCAGGGCCUCGAGGCGCGUGUGUGUGGCGGUGACAAGCUGGCUUGUGGUGGCUUGUGUGGGCGUGUGGCGAGUGUGUGGCCCUCAGCAGACUGGAACGUUUGAAUCAAGGAAUCAGGAACCCCUCCAGCCUUGGACUUCCAACGCGGGAUUAAUUUCCCCACACUGUUGUCGACGACUGGUAGGAAAUGUUGACACUGAAGGUUGUGAAUAACAGUCAAAACUCCAUCUUCCUUCUUCAUCAAAAGUGUACUACGUGUUUUGUUCCGUAAUAGCGUAAGGGAAGUUCAGGAACACAGUUGGUCUCAGGAGCGACUCGGUGAUUGCGUGAAUGAAUGUGUCACGGGGAGCGGGGCGCGAGGAGACUUCCUCAGGCGGGCAGCUGUUUCUGACGCGGCAGUUCUGACAGCGCAGUAUUAGUACAGUAACAAAAAAGAAAAACGAAAAAAAAAAUACUUGCCUUAACUAGCUUGUUGGACUGUAGCGAUCCAGGUUACUUGACUAGUUGUUUAUAACCCUGUUUGUCUUAGGUGACAAUUCUACAUUGCCUUAUCGAGAGCCUUUUCUCAAUAGUUUCUGACAAAUAUGAUGUGAUAGUCUCCCUGAGCCGGGUAGCUUUGGGUGCUCGUGCCCCCGGGCCAGUUCCUCGUCCACCUCCCUUCCUCUCUCUCCCUUCCCUCCUCCCUUCCUUCCUUCCUCGGGGCGCCAGCAUCGUGGUGGCUGCCAGCUCGUUGCACUGACCAAGCCUCAGGUGACGGCCGAGGGAGGUGUCGGCACACGGUCACCAAGACUGAGGUGCCUGACGAGGGAAUACAAGAAAAAUGCCGUUAUCGCCGCUCGUGACUUGCCGGGCAGCCCUACACAGCAAGGCGGAUCAGGGGAUAGUUUAUCAGUUCACGUAAACUAUUGCUCUCUGGAUGCGUUUUUGCGGUCCCUCCUCCAGCAAGAGUCGUGACGGCACCAGGAACGCUCUUGCCCUUGUUGUGCGUGGUGAGGGAAGCCGAGGAAGACCUGAAGGCAAGCACUGGGCGCCACGAGGCUCAUGUCCCGGUGUGACGCGGCCCUCGGAGCGGCGGACAGCAGCGGGGCGACGCGUGUACUUACGAUGCCUUCACUCAUUCAGGGCGAUUUGUAAGGGAUCUGAUGUAUUUACUACUGUGAGUGUGUCAGCAGUCAGUGGAGUUUGUAUUACGGCGUUUUUUUUAUGUUAGAGUUAUGUAGUAAUAACCGGCUGAGUUGUGGUGAGCCAAGUGGCUGCCAAGCGCCGCACUCACUCAGGAAGCAGACAGGUGGCCGCCGCGCCGCCCUCGCAAGGCUCACUCUCUCCAGCAGACCACUUCACUGCGGAUCUUUCUGUCUACCCAUCUCUCUAUAUAGAAAUAUAUACUGUAUAAAUAUGUUAUAUAUAUAUAUAUAUAUAUAUAUAUAUAUAUAUAUAUAUAUAUAUAUAUAUAUAUAUAUAUAUAUAUAUAUAUAUAUAUAUAUGCCAAUUUACUUCAAAAAGUCUUAUUAUUUAUGACACUUAGAAUUUUUAGUACAAAUGAAAAUAUUUACACUAGUUUUUAGUCUGCAGUAAAUAAAUUGAAGUAUUGUGCCACUUGAGCUGUCCUUACCCCUAGUGAUGACGGUGCCGCCGCGUGCGUGCAGGCCUCGGGGCGGCCGGUGGGGCGCGGCCCAAGAUGGGUUGGAGUUGUUCUAUAACGAAAACUAAAAAGAAGAAAAAAAAAGUUCUAGUCUUGUAUAAUUAGGAUUACUUAUUUUUUAUCCAGUCGAUUGUAUUUAUUACCCAUGAUUGAGUUCAAAUCAUGAUUAUUUAUUACCUAGGAAAUACAGGAUAAGCUUUAUAUAUCUACCCAUUAGUGAAUAAAACAAGACAAAAUAAAUGUUCAUACACACGCACCUACUCUCUCUCUCUCUCCCCUGGGUUAGUACUAAGGAGGGGCGGGGCGGGCCUGAGGCGCUAGGGUGGCUUCCUGGGGCUGCUGAAGGACGCUCCGUGCCGCCGUGCGCCAGAUGACUCGCGUCUGUGCUGAGACUGAAAUAUUGGACGCUGUGCUCUGAAGUGUAUGCUGACGAGGUAAAUGGGGGAAUGGUAUGCUCGCUCCAAAGUUUUUUUUUUUUUUUUUUUCACUGAGUAAAUGGAGUGGACAUGUGGAGGGAGAACACAAGCAACACAGGCAGGUGGAGUGAGGUAAGUAAGGUGACUGAGCAACGUCUAGAAUCAAGUGAGUGAUAACGUAAAUAUGAACUUUUAAGAAAACCCUCACUCAGCAUCACGAAAUUCAGUUAUUACAUCUUAGAAAGCACUGCACACGUCUUGAAGCACCGAAACACAACAAACAAAGCCAAAAAUUCAUAUACCACAGCCUUGAAAUACACAAACACAAAUAAAAAUACCGAAACACAAUAAACAAUUCCCAAAACACGCGUCGCCUAUAAAGUUCCUCGUUUUCUGUGUUGAAAUCACCUCUCUUCAGUCCCUAGAGGGCGCGCGUGACUCCAAGAAUGCAACGACAAAUAGAGUUGCGCUUCCUUUACCAACUUUCCCCAGACACUCAUUGAAUACACGUCAUUAUUACCCAGACCCCCUCGUGGCAGGUACGCGGGGUUCCUGUUGCACCCCCUCCCAUAUAUAUUCCUUAACCGCUGCCUGACACAGAGGCUUCGUGGAGAAUUAAGUGAAUAAGCAGAGGUGUUACGGUCUGACACAGAGACGGAGGAUGGAGGGGAUCAAAGGGAAGUGUUACGAGUUACCAAGUCUGCUGGAGUUAAGACAGCCACUGAGCCCUGCUGACACCCUCGCUGCCCAGUCGUACCCGCGUGUCCCAGACUGUCCCUCCAGUCACCUUUAGACGAAUGCAGAUGUUAAGGCUGGUGACUCAGGACUUAUUUUAGGAGAUGAAACAAUACCCAGCCAGAUGUGUCGGUGGUCAGGCCGCAGCCACAGUGAUCAACAUGAGGCAGAGGCCCCGCACGUCGCCCCGCUCCCGUAAGGUGACUGCUGGCGAGGCGGGAACUGCUUGCAUGCUGCUCACUCUUCUCCGCAGCUUAUUACUCAUGUGCUGUCCACCAAUCCAAGGCAAAGAUCAUGACUAGUGAAGAAAGAUGAGCAGGCAAGGACAAGCCACCUUAACCAUGACUAGUAUGAAGCUCAAGUCACCAACACUUGUAGGUCACCAUCUCCCUACUAUGAAGCACAAGUCACCAGGUCAUAUAUGUCACAGUUCCAAAGUGCAUCACCACAACCAAGCACACCAUCAACCACCUCAAGAUACCUAGUCUCAAAUCAUCUCUAUUUUCAUAUAAAUCAUGCUAAGCAGUUGGAGAAAGUUUUGAUGAGUGUGCAUACAGCAUCUGCAAACAUCUCUAAUAAUCUAAUUGUUAGCCUUCCUUCCCAGACUAUCAGAUCAUCUCAGGUGCUUCACUGUCUUAUCUCGACAAUACAUUCUUUCUUUCUUAUCAGACAUACCACAGCUUUUUUUUUUGUGUCCAUGUGCACUCCUUGUGCUCAUCAUCACUGGUUCUCACCAUGGACAACCUCUCUCAGGUGCCUCUUUUCCACCAACAAUCUCCUUGGCAACCAGGUACCAGCUGUUGCUUGCCAGCCUUGCCACUUCACCUUUGCUGUGGUCAUGAUUCUUGCACCAUUCAUGUUCCUUCAUCACUCACCAUAAUGUUUAGUGGUCAUGUUCAAUAUAUAAGAAUUUCAAUAGAAAUUAUUUAUUUAUUCUCUUUAUAAUAAAUGUGACAUUUAAAUUACAAUGCUCACUAAUGCAAGCACACACACACACACACACACACACACACACACACACACACACACACACACACACACACACACACACACACACACACACACACACACACA